UUAUUCGAUUUCAGCGUAUAUUUACACAAAUAAUAUUAAAAGUAUUAAAACAAGAAUCAUACCAAAAUUAUGAACAAUGACAAUCGUUCAGCUUGUGUACCAAAUUUUACUGGAGAGUACGAAAUAAAUGAACUGAAUAAAGACAUAAAACAAGUGGAAACGUUUUUAGAAGAGUGCCAGAAGCUUGUAGCCGAAAAAUCAUUUAUACAUGAAGAUGAGCUUGAAAGUAAACUACCGGAUAUUAACACUUGGAUAGAUUCAAUGGUAGAAAACCAAAGGGAUAUGUUUCGGAAAUUGAUUAAAGGGUACAAAUGCCUUUAUAUAAAAUUUCAAAAAUGCAAAGAUGAAAUGAACGUCGUACAAAAAGAAAACUACUGUCUAAAAGAGGAAAAACGGGUCGAGGAACAACUUAGGCACACAUUAAAGACCGAUUUGAAUGACUUGCAAAUAAAAUAUAAUCAACUCGAACGAGAAAAAGCGAAACUGAAUAAAUUCUGUGAAAAACUUCAGUUAGACAUUAAGACUAAACAUAAAAAUAUUGACCGACUAAACGAGCUAUUGUCAAUAAAAGACAACAGUUUAUGGUCACUUAAAAAAGAACUCGAAAAAUCAGGAAUUGAAUUGAAAAAUAAUCAAGACAAUACUAAAAAAUUAGAAUGCCAGCUCAGCCAAAUGCAAGACAAUUUAAAUCAAAUAAACUCUGAGUGUUCUGAAAAAGACAAUUGUUACCAUGAAGCUAUAACAACUAUACAGAAAGAAUUGAGUAAACAAUUGAAAGAAGUAAUGUGUAUGGAGUGCAAGCUUGCGGAGAAGGAAAAAAUUUUCCAGGAAAUGUCUAAAGAAAUUUGUCAGUUGAAUAGUAUAAUCGAAAGUAUUAAAAGUGCCAGGGAUAAAGACGGUAAAUUGAUUGAAAGUUAUGUCAAAUCAAUCAAAAUGGAAAAUGAAAAAAUGCGACAAAAAUUGCUUGAUCAAUUUAUAGACACAAACCGGUAAA